AUGCCGCCCAAGGAUGGCAAGAAGAAGAAAGAUGCUGGGAAGUCUGCCAAGAAAGACAAAGACCCAGUGAAUAAAUGUGGGGACAAGCUCAAUAACAUAGUCUUGUUUGACAAAGCAAUAAAUGAUAAACUGUGUAAGGAAGUUUCCAAUCACAAGCUUAUAACCCCAGCUGUUGUCUCUGAGCGACUGAAGAUCCGCAGUCCCUUGGCCACAGCAGCCCUUCAGGAGCUCCUUAGUAAAGGACUUAUUAAACUAGUUUUAAAGCACAGAGCACAAGUAAUUUACACCACAAACACCAAAGGUGGGGAUGCCCCAGCUGUUGGUGAAGAUGCAUGAACAGGUCCCACCACCUAUA